AUGGCACAGAUAGGUAGCUCCUCGCUGCUUCGGUAUGGCCACUGCUAUACUAUCAACACCACCGACGGGCAGGUCUUAGGCCACCAGCCUUCGGACUGGAACUAUCUGCGGUUCGGGACCGACACCAAGCCGGCCCAUUUCAAGGUCUGCCAGAGCAUUGGCCAAUGCACCGCCCCCAAUACCGAUUACCAAAUUCUCCCUAACCGCUCCCGCUUCUGGCUCUUCGACGUCGAGGGUAAUGCCUAUUCACCCAACGGGGACUUUGUCGCCGCCAACUCCCCCCCCUUUGGCGCCAACCGCAAUCUGUAUCCCGCCGGCGGCGCCUAUCGCUAUUACGUUAAUUUCUGGGGAGAUAACGACUGUUCCAACGCCGAUUUUCGCUUCUUAGGCAAAUGCUCUGUCAAGCUACGCGUAGACAACCUCCGGGACGACCAGGGAUUAACGAUGACCGAUAGGUACCUUACGUCGGCCGUUUCAAAAGACCAGUAUGUCACCGUCACUUUCCAUGAAGCAGAGUGUCCCCAGAAGAAUGGCGUCUCUAGCGUGGCAAACGUGGAACUCUAG